AUGAAUCAUUGCUCUGUGAGGGUUUCUUCCGGUGAAUCUACAAAAUCUUUUAUUGACAAACAAGUUAAAGCUUUGAUCAAAGAAUGCGAAAUCAUCAACAGAUUAGAUAUUCUUUCGUUAAAUGAUGAAUGUGAAGCCAUAUCAUCUCAACAUGGGAAAUAUUGUGAAAUGGAAUAUAACAAUUUAGCUCAAUUGUUGCUGGAGAUUGUUAAAACUCUGACCAUUGAUAAUUUGAUUAUUCAAGCUGAAGCAUCCUUUCAGAUUCCUGAGGAUACACUUGAUGAAACAGAUACAUUUAGUUUUAAUACACGAACAUUCUGUGUGACAUUAAAGCUCAAAGAGUCAUCAUUCCAGUCUACUCCGGGCUUGCAAAAAGUAGGAGAAAUCAAAAGAUUAAAAGAAACCAAAAAAGGACAUGGAUCCAGAUGCUUCGUGAGUUAUUCAUAUUCUAUCCAAGUCGUUUUGUCGAGUGGCUCUUGUGUUCCAGCAGAGCUAACCUAUAUUUUAAAUAAAUUAUUUGGCAGGUGUUCGUUACGUUUAUCAAUAUAUGGGGAUAAUGAGCAAAUUUCUUCGCUGAUAUUUAACGAUGUGAAAAUGGUUAGAAAAGUUCUUCCCUCUGAAAUUAAUGUUCAAGUGUUUAGGGAGCUAAACUACAAGGAUCGUCAUGAAAUGGCCAAUGUCCAUGAAUUUUUAACGCUUUUGUUCAUAAAUAAUACUGAGGUUUCACGACCGUCGGAUGAUUUUAUAAGCACUUAUGUCAACCCUGAGACGAAGGUAGGUUCCUUGGUUCAAAUGAGACGAGAUUCUGUGAAAAAUAUAAACCCAGCUGCUCUUUACGACAUAUCAAAGCUUUCUUUUUUUGCACUUAGUAUUCUCACUGGAAGAUCUCAUAUUUUAGUUUUGAAAGGAUUCCCUGAAAAUAGAAUCAUAUCUUGGAUAUCUACAUAA